GUUGACAUUGACGUGACAUUUUAAAACUUUUUACGAAUUUUUCUCCGCGAAAUAAAAUUGUUUUUCCAAUUAAAUAUCAUUGUUUUUCUUAUUUAAUUGUUUAUAAUAAAACCGCUUAAUAUGUUUCACAUGUAAUAUAACCAAAAAUCUAUACGAUUUAAAAAAGCUCUCUUUUAGGUUGGACAACACAAUAGUUUCAAUUUUGUCUCGAUAACUUUUUAUAUAUUUUUCAAUUACGCGGUAAUUCUAAGAAAAACCAACUCGAAAUAUGCGUAGUCGAAGCAAUUCGGGCGUUCGCCUGGACUAUUACCAGCGAAUUGUCCAUCGUUUGAUUAUGGCCCAUCAGGAACCUGUCACAGGUUUAUUUCCAGCAAGUGACAUCAAUUCACAUGCCUGGAUUCGAGACAAUGUCUAUUGCAUUCUUGCUGUUUGGGGAAUGUCAAUGGCAUACAAAAAAAUCGCCGAUCAAGAUGAAGAUCGAGCGAAAUGUUAUGAACUCGAACAGAGUUGUGUUAAACUCAUGCGUGGUCUUUUAAUGGCCAUGAUGAAUCAAAAAGACAAAGUCGAGCGAUUCAAAAUCACACAGAAUCCUUUAGAUUCUUUGCAUGCAAAGUUUUCGAGCAAAAAUGCCCAACCUGUUGUUGGCGAUGCCGAAUGGGGUCAUUUGCAAAUUGAUGCAGUUUCUUUGUAUUUGUUGAUUCUUGCACAAAUGACUGCUUCUGGGUUGCAGAUUGUCUUCUCUUUGGAUGAAGUGUCAUUCAUUCAGAAUUUGGUAUUUUAUAUUGAGUCGGCUUAUUGUAUCCCGGAUUAUGGGAUAUGGGAACGUGGUGAUAAGACAAACCACGGAGAGCCGGAAUUGAAUGCCAGUUCAAUUGGAAUGGCUAAAGCUGCUUUGGAAGCAAUGAAUGAGCUUGAUUUGUUUGGAGCUCGCGGGGGGCCAGCAUCGGUUAUUCAUGUCUUGGCUGAUGAGGCACACAAAUGUCAAGCUGUGCUUCAGUCAAUGUUGCCUCGUGAAUCGAAUAGUAAAGAGCUUGAUUCUGGAUUGCUAUCGGUUAUUGGAUUUCCAGCAUUUGCUGUGGAUGAUCCACAAUUGAUUAAAACUACAAAAGAGGCCAUUCUUAACCGUUUGCAAGGAAAAUAUGGUUGCAAACGGUUUCUACGUGAUGGUUAUCGAACUCCAAAAGAAGAUCCAUCGAGAUUGUAUUACGAACGUUGGGAAUUGAGAAUGUUUGAGAAUAUCGAAUGUGAAUGGCCACUGUUCUUUUCCUAUUUGAUAUUGUUCUAUGCCUUUCAGAAUGAUAAAUUAUCUGUUAAGGAAUAUGCUGAUAGGUUAGAUAAAAUUAUGGUGCGUGGUGAAGAUGGUAUUCUUUUGAUACCAGAAAGUUAUGCAAUUCCAAUUGAUUUGGUAGGAAAGGAAUAUCAAAAUCCAGGUUCUCAAAAUAGAGAAGUUGUUGGAAGAUGUCCAUUUUUAUGGGGCCAGUCAUUACAUAUUUUGGGAAAACUCCUGCAAGAGGGCUUCCUUGCUGUGGGAGAGCUCGAUCCACUUAAUCGUCGAUUGGGAGCACAAAAGAAACCAGAUGUCGUCGUACAAGUCGUCAUCAUAGCUGAAGACAACGAAAUUCGUGAUAAACUCGCCGAACACGAUCUACACGUUCAAACUAUUGCCGAAGUAGCACCAAUUGAGGUUCAACCAGCUCGAGUACUUAGUCAUUUGUAUACCUAUUUGGGAAGAAAUCGUAAACUUGGAUUAACCGGUCGUAAGUCUCGCGAUGUUGGCAUCCUGAGUACAAGUAAAUUGUAUUCAUUGAAGGAUAAAAUAUUCGCUUUCACACCACAGAACAUCGAUUUCGACGAAUACUACACGACCCGCGAUCCAGAUUUAUUAGCAAGUAUUGUUACAACGAAUUUGGCCUUCCUAACUAACAAUUGGCGUCAUAUGUUGGGAAGGCCUACUAUAACUCUUAUGGCAACUAAUUAUCUAUUAGAUCAAAAUAAAAUCCCUCUGGCCAUGAUACAAACUAUGAGGAAACUUAAAUCCGGCUACAUUAAUGGUACUCGAGUAAUGUUGGGCAAUUUAAAGGACUUUCUCAACACUUCAGCUAUUACUGAUUUAAGUUUCUUGGGAAGCCAAGAAGAUGGCUAUCCUGACAAAUUGCAUCAAGAUGUGCAAACUUAUUUGGACGAUCAUCUAUUGCGUUCAUUUAGCAACAAGGGUGCUGUUAACAUAAGAACUUCAGGAUUGAAACCAAGACCACUGCGCAGGCGCAUGUCUUGUAAGGGCGCCAUCAAAAAAACACGAUCAAUUAAUGUGGAUUCUGAUACUUUAGGAAUGGAAGGUCCAGGUCCAUUGACAGAACGUCGACUCUCAGCAAUAAUUCAACCACCAUGGCUCCAAUCGAAUGCACAAAAUCAUCACAUUAAUUUAUUUGCAACAACGCCCGAAGAACAAAAUACCCAAACACAAAUUCGUGAGAACAUCUAUCCCAUUGAUCCACAUCACAAUCGAACCGUAAACGAACGUCGCAGUGAGUGUGUAAAACAACUUGAAAUUCCCAAAAUUCUCAUUCAACGCCAUCGUACGGAUACAAAUUUUGCUGAAACAGAAGUUGAAGAAUUAAUUGCUAUGCUACGUGAAACUGAAAAUUUGGAAGAACAAGGUGAUAUACUGCAGUAUUUGGUUGAUACACAAGGAUUGGACUUUAAUACCGCUGGACUGGGAAUACGAAACAAAUCUGGUGAGAUCGAAUCAUCAUCGGUGCCGGAGGAGAAAAUUUCCUCAAAUGAUGAUCCAAAUAUUUUGCCACAAGAUACUAAUUCUUCUCACUCUGAAGGCAUGCUGGAAGAAGGUAGAGUUGUUACUGUUCGUGGCCUACUCAAGGGAUUAUACGAAAAGGCAUGUCAGCAAAAAUUGUGGGGCUUGGUACGUCACACAGCUGGUAUGUUGGGAAAACGGGUUGAAGACUUGGCUAAAGCUGUUACUGAUUUAUUAGUUCGUCAAAAACAGGUUACAGUUGGUAUGCCACCACACAAUGAGUUCACAAUUACAGCACCUCUACCAGAAAUUGAACUGCGUCAAUUAAUUCAUGAUGCCUAUGGUGACGAUCAAAGUACAUCUAUGUUAACUCAAGAACUUAUGGUCUAUCUGGCAAUGUUUAUUCGAACCGAGCCACAGCUCUUCCAUGAAAUGUUACGCUUGCGUGUUGGUUUGAUUAUUCAAGUUAUGGCCAAAGAAUUGUCACGUACUUUGGCUUGCGACGGUGAACAAGCUUCAGAACAUUUGCUCAAUUUGUCACCAUUUGAAAUGAAGAAUCUAUUAUAUCAUAUUUUAAGUGGCAAAGAGUUUGCUGUAAGCAGUGUUGCACGUGGAAAUCUAUCAAUUGUUAGCUGCAAAUCAAGUCGCGUUAGCAAGAAAAGUCAAAUUGGUUUGGGAGAUCCUGAAAGUGAGGACCUUAUCCCUGCAAUAGAUGACAGACAAGGACAGUGGUUGCGUAGGCGUCGUUUGGAUGGUGCUUUGAAUCGUGUUCCAAGAGAUUUUUACUCAAGAGUUUGGUCGGUUUUGGAAAAGUGUCAAGGCAUUGCUAUCGAAGGGCGAAUUCUUCAGCAAUCACUUACCCAAGAAAUGACGCCGGGAGAAUUAAAGUUUGCUCUUGAAGUUGAAACAGCUCUCAAUCAAAUCCCUCAACCCGAAUAUCGACAACUAGUAGUUGAGGCUCUAAUGGUUCUUACACUCGUGACAGAGCACAACAUGGUUCCCUCAUUGGGUGGAGUUAUUUAUGUAGAGCAUCUAGUUCACAAGGCCAAUCAACUUUUCCUUGACGAUCAAAGAAAAGUUUCUGGAGAUGCAACCUUAUGCUGUGCCAAAUCGAAGGACGGAAAAGACAACACAACACCAUCGGGUAUGUUGUUGUGUGGUGGUGCUGCUUAUAUUUGUCAACAUUUAUAUGACAGUGCACCAAGUGGAAGUUAUGGAACAAUGACAUAUAUGGCUCGAGCUGUUGCUUUGGUAUUAGAAUGUGUUCCAAAGCAUGGUGAAAUGGAAUGCACAGUUUGUUGAUUUUUUUUUUAUUGGAACUUUUUAAUUAUUACUGAGCAAAUUAUUAAUAUGCCAGAAAACUAUCUAAUGUCCUAUUUUGUGUUUUAGUUUGUGUUUUAGAAUUGUCUUAUUUUGUUUUCAUUUUUUUUUUUUUUUCAAAGCGACAAAGUUUCGAAUCGAAGGCCAAUUAAAAAAAAAUUAAAUUCGUGAUCGCUUUAAACGACAGACGUUUUCGUCAAUUGAUAAUUGAUUUCUCGAACUUUAAUACAUGAAUACUUAAUUAGUUUUUGCCUGGCAAUACUAAAAAUAUACUAAAUGCCAGCUUAACUAUAAUUGUAGAAUUUUAGAUAUUUUAAAUAUAUAUAAAUGUUUUGAACAAAAAUUUUACCAGAAAUAUUAUAUAUAUAUAUAAAUGAAAGAGCAAUAAAUAACAUUUAACAUAACAUAUUUUA